AGUUAGCUGCGAAUAUCAACUCACUUUAUUAAAAUACAUAAUAUAAGCUACACAUUACCGAGCAAAAAUGAACAUAUCCUCGUAAAUUUCUGAGAAAGAAUCCAUGUUUUCGUGCAAAACCAAAUAAAUCCGUUUAGUUUACUUCAAAAGCGAAUAAAUCCAUAUAAUAUGGGGUUGAGUAGUAAACUGUUUCUAUUUAGGCCACUAGCUGUUAGAUGGCAAUAUAUGUUCUCCAGGGGAAUUAAAAUACCCCUAGUUGUCGAUCUUGUUGUAUCCUGUCCAACAUUGCAUCAGCUCUUUGGACGUAGAGUAAACGUUUAAAGAGAGAAAUAUGGAAGAAGUUCUAGGACACGCAUCAGCCGUGAGUGAUAUCAAUGAUGGGAGCAGAAUAAGAAAAAGAGCUAAUAAAAAGUCAAUAUGGAAACGUGGAAGCGAUAUACCUGAUGUAGAUGCACAAGACAACACAUUUCAACUAAUAAUACGACACGAAGACGUAGUAAAGAUUAAUGAAAGUAUCAUAACUAUAAGUGCCAAUGAAAAAAUACCAAUAGAGAUAGAGGCGAUAGGAGCAGGGCAUGCUGAAGUAUUCGCUAAUUCAUCUAGUACGAUCAUACGGGUCGAAGAUGUUUUCAUUAAAGUGACAGUCUUCAAAAUACUGGAGUUAGACACUCUUUCAUUAGGAGUUGGAUGGAUAUACUUUCUUGCGUGGUCGAUAUCGUUUUACCCACAAAUAUAUUACAACUGGAAACGACGAAGGUGAGCUCACUUAGCCUAAUGAUCAGAUAUGGCUUGUGACAUCAUAGGACAGCCUUACCGUUUGUAAAAUCAUAAAUGGAACUACCGUAUUAAUACUAAUACUAAUACCGUGACAGGGGGCAGUUAAAAAAACGAAAAAUCUGUUGGGUCAUUCUUAUUUUCAGGCAAUACUGCUGCAUACCAUUUCUAUUCUUCUAUUCAACUAUUUAUACUUCUAAACAUACUGUUCUUGGCUACUUAUUUUAUAAUUUAUUAUAAUCUAUUUUAUUCUAACUUAGUUAUGUAUAUUUUUCUUUUGCUAAUGUAAAAGUGACCUUUU